AUGGUAUAUAAUUACAAAUUUUUCUUCGCGUUCUUGAAGGAAAAGAAAAAUAGAUUUAUAGCCUGCUGCGCACUAAUAGGGUUAACUUUUCUUUUCCUGAUGUACGAUUCGAAUUGGAAUAUAGGAUCUGAUUCCAGCACAAAUUCCUUAGCUUCCGAUCCAAGAUUCUACAAAAAAAAUAUAUGGAAUCAAGUUAAGAGCGCUUUCGAUUUUAGGAAAAACAUUGUUUACGAUCGUAAAAAAAGUAAUGGCUCAUCUAAAGGCUCGAGGUAUAAAACGCCAAAAUUAUUCGACGACACUGGAGGUUUAACAUGGAUGGAAUCUCACGACAUUUUAAAUCAAGUCCUAUCAUCACAGCUGAUUAGCCAAUGUAUUCGUUUAACAAGCUCCCAAUAUCAAUCUCGUAUUUUAAAUUCUAAUCCCUACAUCAGUUUAAAUGCUCAAUAUGCCAGCAAUUUUUUAUGGCGUCAUUUCCGAAACAAUUCUCGUGAACAUCGCGAAAUUUUUUACAAAAUGAUAGCCAGAAAAUUUCCAGUCAUCGAUUUGCCCAAUUUCGAAUAUAAAAUUGACAUACAUUAUCCCGAGUGCGAAGACAAGGAAAAUUUGGAUUAUUUUAAUUAUCCUCGAUAUAAUAUCGAUACACCUGUAUCAAAUGCGAUUCGGGCAUCUGAUAGUGUGGAGAUCAAAGAUUCGCAUAAUUUCUCAUCAAAUAUUCCUUUAACAAAAAAGAUUACUUCCCUUUCUAAUGAGAGACAGAAUUCUCCAAAUUUUAAUGCCGCCAUAGAUUCGAGCACCUAUGAUAAUAGCGAAAAUUCUCAAUCAGUUCGAUCUAAAACUAAAAAGGAAGCGAAACCUAUAAAUCUAAUCGUACUAAUUCAUACGGCUCCUACUAAUUUUGAAAAUCGUAUGUCUAUUCGGAAAUCGUGGGGAUCCAUAAAUUAUAUUAAAAAAAAGAAAAAUAAAGAACCUGCGAAAUCAUCGACUUAUCUAGCAAAUGGUGAAUAUAAAGGACGCUUAAUGGAUUCGAUAUAUAAGGCUUUGAGGGGGGAAGUGGAAUUUGAAGAAAUGAAUAUAAGGCUAGUUUUUCUAACAGCUUUAAAUGCUAUGGAAGUCAAAGAUGAAGAAAGGUUGUUUAACAUGAGAAUGACAUCCCUAAAACCUUUUUCAGUGUCGCAUAAUUCUAGUACCAUAACCCGUACCUCAAGAACUACGGAACCUCGAUUUAACUUCAGUAUAUAUCAACAAUCAACCAGUUUUACACAAAAAAGGCUUAAAAUAGAAGCGCGCAAAUAUAGAGAUAUUGUUCAAGGUAAUUUUCUCGACUCUUACCAAAAUUUGACUUACAAGAUGAUUAUGGGGUUUAAGUGGAUAGUGAGUAGAUGCCCCAAGGCUGAUUACAUUUUAAAGAUGGACGACGAUAUUUAUAUAGAUAUAUUCAAACUUUAUGUGUUGAUUAAUAAAGCAACGUAUUUAAAAAACGUUUAUGACGAUUAUGAAAAAUACCUAAAAACGACACCGCUCGAUGUUGACGAUAUUAAUCAUUUAAUGAAUAAGCUAUUCUUAAAUUCAUUGUCACCGAACACAACUGUAACAAAAACAGAUAUGAUCAAUGGUGUACAAAAAGAAGAUAAAGAAUGGGUCAGUGAUUUACUAACUUCUUUCACCAAUCCAAAACAAACUCUUUCUGUUGAUAAAAAUCUUCAUGAUGUUAAAGUCACCUUAAUAAAUAACACAUUCGCGCAAUCGACAUGCAAGGGUUUAGAGGCGGCUUAUGAAACCCUAGAUACAAACCCUUUCGCCAAUAUGUUGUUAUGCAAUGUAUGGAUCGGAAUGUCGGUUCUACGUGAUAAGUCUUCCAAAUGGUAUGUGAGUGAGAAUGAUUUUGCCAAUAGUACUUUCCCGCCAUAUUGUUCGGGCUGGGGGGUGUUGCUUCCAACUAAUGCUGCCUACAAAUUAAUGUUCAACGCGCCAAAUCUCAAGUAUUUUUGGGUCGACGAUGUACAUGUAACGGGAUCCCUGAUGGCCUACUCCAAGUUAUCGCUAAAAAGACUGAAUUCCCGUUUUACAUUCGAACCUUUUCCUACAGAAAAUGAUCAAGACAUAUCUACGAGGUUCCCGAAUAGCGAAGAGAAUUUUUACAGGCAACUAGGCACGAAUAAAUAUAUGUUUGGACCUGUCUGGGAUGAUUACAACUAUAUUCUAAAGCUAUGGGACCAAACAUUGAAUUUUUACAUGGAUUAUUUUUUGAUAAUAUAAAUCAUGGUGCUUUAAUAAAAGUUAAAGGAAUUAUUAUAAAUCUUUUUUAUAAACAUUUUUGCUUCAAUCGAUUUAUAUUGUUUAUAAGGUUAACAUUAUACUUUACU